UAUCUGAUCCUUGGCAUUGGCUGCUGCAAAAUCGAGAGGCAGGAUUUAAUCAAGGUGUCAGCCGUAGGGGCAUCCCGGAUUCGGGCGAAGCGUCCGGAAUUCCUGAGAUGUCUGAAACGUGGAGGCGGCCUCUUCCCCACCCCCACCGCGGCCUCCGUGGGCAUAUUCCGGGGAGGGGGCACGCGAGCCCUUCGAAGAACAGUUGAAAUGCUCGGCCGUGCGCACCCGGGCCGCCUUCUCGCGGUGGCAAGAGCGGCAGGGGGAUCCGGGGAGACUGCUGCCGUCGCUGCUGCUGAUCGUGGCCCAGGUCGGGCUCAGAGAGCAGACACCUCGAGUGGGGGGUGCGGGUGCCGCUGCCGCCGCUUCUGCUGCUGCUGUUCCUGCUGCUGCUGGUGCCGCUGCCGCCUCCGACGAGCGGGCGGGACCAGUAUGAGUGUGAGAGUGUGUGUGCGAGGGCGAGUGUGCGUGCGUGUGUGUGUGUGUGUGUGCGGGGACUCGGGGCCGGGCGGUUCGGGCUCUCCUGGCGGAGGAGCCGCCGCCACCGCUGCUCGGCCCCGGCGCUUCUCACUGCGCUGGUUUGGAGCGGGCGCCAUUUUGUGUGAUUUACAAAAUCCUCUGGGGAAGAAGCCGCCGCCGCCCUCCGCGCCGGGCCGGGCUGCGCGGCCCCGCCGCCGGGAGUCGGGGUCCGGGGACUUCGGUAUUUGCUGGGGAGGGGGUUGUCGCCUCCCCGGCCCCGGGCGCCACUGGAACCGCGGUGCCGGAGAGAGACUGAGAAGGCUGCGGCUCGGCCGCGGAGCCGGGAGCGCCGGGGGUGGAGAGAGGCGGCCGGGGCGGGAGCGCAGCGGCGGGAGCCCGAGGCUGAGACUCACCGAGGCAGGCCGGGCGGAGGGAGGGGCCUGCCAUUUUAGGAGGAGGCGCCGCGGCCCGGGGGCGGCCGCCGGGGGAAGGAACCCGACAGGCCCGGUCCCGGAGGAGAGGCGGGUGCGAGCGGAGGGAAAGUUGCGGAGGGUGGGAGCAGGGGCCGAGGCCUCCCGGGAGCCGGGGCCUGGGGGCCGGAGAAAGCGCCAGACCUUCACUGGUCGCCCGAGCGGAGGGGAGGAGGUUGUCUUCCUCCUCCUCCUCUUCCCCCAGCUCCUCCCUCGUCCCUCCUCUUCGGUCCCCACCAGUGUGGGAACCGCCGGGGUUCUCCGCAAGGACAAUGCACAGAUGUAAAGAUACUACUUGAAGUUAUCCAAUGCAGUGCCCCUGAAACUUGGUACACAGUUUGCCCUGUCAAAAGAUGGCAGUGGAGGCAGCACGGUGCUGUGGACAGAGUACAGGCCUGUGAGAGAGUGCUGGGCAGAGGCUCCAGGGUCCGGCAGAUCCAGAAUCUCAACAGAUGCUGUCACUCCCACGCAGUGUGAUUCUGCUCAGCAUUGGUUUCUGCAUCUGUAACAUGGGGCUGGUGGUACUUACCAUCGGGCUCUUGUGCAGAUUGAGAUUGUAAAAUCCAUCGAGACAGGAAUAAUACUUUUUUGAUCACGGUUCNUGGUUCCAGUACAGCAAAGGUAGGUAAAUGUCUGUGUAUAUGAGGAUGGACUGAAGAACUUCUGUGUCGAAUCCUGUCCUAGUACCACUCCAUAAUUGU